UAUGAAUUUGAUUGUAAACCAAUUGGUGCUUAUUUUGCAGAACAUGUGCGAGAGUUCAGUUGCGGUCGAUUUCAUUACCGGACUUUCUAUUUGGACGCUGAAAGGGAUGCGCUAUAUGUGGGAGCGAUGGAUACGAUCUAUCGUUUGAAUCUAAACAAUAUAAACAAGACUAGAUGUGAGACGGAUUCGUUGUCGUUGUCACCAAACAAUGUGGGCUCCUGUGUCUCGAAAGGCAAAUCAGAGCUUUACGACUGCAGGAAUCACAUCCGAGUGAUUGAGCCCAUCGGCAGUGAUAGCAAUAAGUUAUAUAUUUGUGGUACUAAUGCUCACAACCCUAAAGAUUGGGUCAUUUAUGCAAAUUUAUCAUUAUUACCGCCUCACGAGUCAUUUCCCGGCAUUGGCACCGGUAUUGCUAAAUGUCCAUUUGACCCUGAUGAUAAUGCAACUGCAACCUGGGUCGAACAUGGCAAUCCUGAUGGACUCCCCGGUCUAUACAGUGGAUCAGUUGCAGAGUUUACAAAAGCAGAUACUGUUAUCUUUAGGACAGAUCUCUAUAACUUGACGACUGGACAAAAAGUACAGCCAUUCAAACGUACCGUAAAAUAUGACUCUAAAUGGCUCGACAAACCCAAUUUCGUGGGAUCUUUCGAUAUCGGAGAUUAUGUUUACUUCUUCUUUCGCGAAAGUGCUGUCGAAUACAUCAAUUGUGGCAAAAAUAUCUAUUCACGCGUCGCCCGGCGCGAUACGGGAGGCAAGAAUAUAUUGAACAAGAAUUGGGCCUCAUUUCUGAAGGCACGGCUCAACUGUUCCAUUCCCGGAGAGUUUCCCUUCUAUUUCAAUGAGAUUCAAAGCAUUUACAAACAUCCGGACGACAACAAAAGGUUUUACGCCGUGUUCUCGACAUCAAUGAAUGGUUUGAUUGGAUCAGCCAUUUGUACGUUUAAUCUGAACAAAAUAGAAGAGGUUUUCUUAGGAAAAUUCAAAGAACAGUCCACUUCUUCGUCGGCAUGGCUUCCAGUGCUGACGAGUAAAGUGCCGGAACCUCGUCCGGGCACGUGUGUCAACGACACCCAAGUCUUACCCGACUCUGUGCUCAACUUUAUUCGCGGCCACCCAUUGAUGGACUCAGCCGUGGCUCACGACAACGGAAAGCCUGUGUUCUAUAGGCGCGACAUUAUAUUCACGCGUUUAGUCGUCGACCGACUAGAAGUCGAUGGCAUUGAAUAUAUUGUCUAUUUUGGCGGAACAAACACCGGAAUGGUGUACAAAGUGGUCGAGUGGUACGACCGGUCCGGUGAAGUCCACUCUAAUCUCGUGAGCGUAUUUGAAGCCACAGUUCCCGAACCAAUCAGAGCUAUGGAGAUAUCAAACAAACACAAAUCACUGUACGUGUCAUCGGAUUCAGUGGUCCGACAGUUCAAUCUGUUGAUGUGUAAACCCAGAUAUGAGAACUGUGUUCGUUGUAUUCAAGACCCGUACUGUGGUUGGGAUAGAGAUCACGCAGAAUGCAAGCCAUAUGUGAUCGGCCUUAUUCAAGACAUAACGAACGCCACUCCAGGCGUUUGCGACAACAGUAUUAAACACAAGCAAAUGAAAGCUAAUUGGGGGCAAAGUAUACACCUCUCGUGUCCGAUCCAUAUACCAGAUAUUGAAAGUAUUAGUCCAAUUCUGGGACCCAUUAAAUGGAUGUAUUAUAGAAGUGAUCAUUCGGGCGGUUAUGAAGUAUUCACCCGAAGAGACCGUUUUGUUCGCACUUCAGAUAACGGACUCGUUAUUCUGGGUAUCAGUGAUCGCGAAAACGGUCGAUACGAUUGUAAAUUAGGCUCUAAUACUCUCUUCAGUUAUACAAUUACUGUCGAUCCAAAAACAUGUAAUGCGCCGACGGAUACAGAAUAUCGAAAGAUAUACUCCGAUUGGUGCCAUGAAUUUGAUAAGUAUAAGCAAGCGAUGAAGGCCUGGCAGGUCAGACAAGCCAAAUGUCAAACCAAUGGACACCCAAAUGAUGUAUCGAUUGGGACUCUUAUGUCGUUCUUUAGGACUCAAACCCUCAAUAGACUCAACAAACUUACUCGUAUUGAUAUGAAUCCGAUUCUGAAGACAAAGUCUAAUUACUGUCGAUCCAAGUAUGAGAUGAUUGAGACAUUGAAAACAUGUAAUGCGCCGACGGAUACAGAAUAUCGAAAGAUAUACUCGGAUUGGUGCCAUGAAUUUGAUAAGUAUAAGCAAGCGAUGAAGGCCUGGCAGGUCAGACAAGCCAAAUGUCAAACCAAUGGACACCCAAAUGAUGUAUCGAUUGGGACUCUUGUUUGAAUGAAGUGAAACCUUAAGUAAAGUUUUUGCUUAUGGUUUCUAUCAAAUGGCAGUCUAUUCCAGAAAAUGUGCUCAAAAUGUGGUCAACAAUACAUCGCUUACUGAUAAUAACAUUGGUUUUUGGAUUAAAUAAUUGAAUGAAAUAUUGCUGUGAUAUAUAUAUAAAGAUGUCGUUCUUUAGGACUCAACCCUCAAUAGACUCAACAAACUGUGCUUUUGUAUUAUAAUAACCAAAGAAUAGCUGAAUAUUUGACUUUCAUAGUGAAAAGCAGUACUCGUAUUGAUAUGAAUCCGAUUCUGAAGACAAAGUCUAAUAAUUAAUGAAAAUUGUGUUAUUUGUGAAUAUAUUGUGUAUAAAUGGAUGAAUAUCUCAUCAAAUGUUUCCCCAUUUAAUUAUCAAAUACUUUUAAAGCCAAACUUGAGUUGAAUUCUUGUGAAUCCAAUGUUAGGAAUGGUUUUCAGCAAAUCGUCUCGAAUUGCAAUCGAGAAUCCAUUUAUCAAUUUAUAAAGAGUGCCAUCAUUUCAACACUCAUUCAAAUUAUAACUACAAAUACUGGUAUUAUUCGGCAACAAAAGAGUGGCAUAACUACUGUUGUCAACGAUUAACAGAUAAUUUGGUUCAAAAGUGUCUGAAUAUGCAAUUAUUGGAGCAAAAGAGAUGCCAAACAAUCAUUAAAAUUGGAAAUGAAAUAUCUAUUAUGAAUAUCUCCUUAACUGUGAUUUACAUAAAUAUCUUUUAUUCCCAGAUCUAGUUAUCAUCAAUUCAUUCAUGUCUUAGGAUCACAAACACAGAGUAAAUACUUUUAUUUAUUGAUAUAAUUAACAAAUACAACACUGAAUCCAAUUUUAAACAAAUCUUAAUUUUAUGUCAAAUAGUGUACAG